AUGCGCUCCAGCGAGAAGAUCGUCGACGAGGUCCCUCGGUUCGUCCGAACUCUCUACGACAUCUUGCACGACGAAGAUCCGUUCAUCCUGUCGUGGUCCGUGGACGGGUCUCACUUCCAGGUCUUCGACGUGCCGAGACUCGAGCGUGAGAUCCUGCCCAAGUACUUCAAGCAUUGCAAGUUUGCCAGCUUCCAGCGCCAGCUGAACAACUUCGGCUUUCGCAAGUGGACGAAGACGCGGGCCAGUGUGUGCACCUUCAGUCACGAGUUUCUCCACCGGUGCCACCCGUCCCAGCUAGCCCCGCUAGUAGCUGAGAUGGAGGCGCAGAAGGCAGCGAUGUGCGCAGCGAACACUCACAUCGGGACAAAGCGCUUCCGUGACGAAAGCAGCACCGACGAGCGCGUUCUUCCCAAGCGACUUCACACCGAGGUAAAGCACGAAGACGAGCGCGAGCCAGAACAAGAGAUGGCUUCGUUUAGUCCAGAGAACUUCGUCAACGAGUCGGGGCCAUUGGCUGGGUUUGAUGCAGCGGAUUUGGCUGCGCUGGAUUGGUCACUGGUGACCGAUUCUGGUCGAGAAGAUGAGCUCAGUUCUCUGCUCGAACCGAUUCUAAACCCAGUUGCGCCUAUUGUACAAGCCGAAGUAGGUAGCAGGAUUGCGUACGACAACACCGAGGUUGCUUUCGAGACGUUGCCACCGCUCGACACCGAGUACCUUGGCGAUUCCUGGACCGACAUUUUCGACGAGGUGUCCUUGUGA